CGCCCAUUCAAGUAUGAGUAUAUCGACAAUGAGGUCAGCAUGUCAGCAUGGGGGUCUACAGACUAGAGCAAUUCCAGUUCACACACACAGAGCCACACAACACACAACACACAACACACACAGAACCGUCAGCUGCCACCCCAACAAUCAUUCAAAACAACAACCCACCCCGAUAAAAUAUAGUGGGGAGAGAGAGAAAGAGAGAGAGAACGAAAGCACUACCAGGCUACCUACCGCUCGCCACCCCACAAGAGUCGCCGCCGUGCAGCGGCCUUGCCACCACCCCCACCGGCAGCGUCAUCCCCCUCUGGCUCCAUCCCCGCCAGCCGUCUGCUCCUCCGAGGCGACUCACUGCCAGCCUCUUGGUGGGUCGAGUUGGACCGAGUGCUCGGCGUGUAGUCGGGCUUGCCGCCCGCUCCAGUGGUCUUGCCCUGGGCGGUGGCUGCGUCGUCUUCGUUCUCGUUCUUGGCCUCUGCCUCGCGCAUGGCUUUCUUGGCGAGUUGAGUGAGCAUGUAGAUGAGGCUCAUGAAGGCGACCAGGCCCACGACGACCACCACGAGCUUCCAGGUGUGGAGGGAGUCCUUGGCCGCCGAACCGCCGCCAGCGGUGAAGACUGAUGAACGCCGAACAGUACAGAGAGUGUGUGCCUGCUCUGUGUGUGUGUUGGUUGGUGUAGUGUCUGGUUUGCUUACUCUCUGAGAGUUCCUUGACGUCGCGCCCUAUGAAGGUGUAGGUGAGGGCGAAGGGGAUGCCUGUCGUCCACGUGGCGAACGUAAAGUGCCUGCAGACAAUCAAAUCAAGGCAUUCACGUCAGCGUCACAUCACCCACCUCCCCACCCCUUCGUUCGUCGUGUCAGUCAGUCGCCCACCAGAAUUUGACUCCCGUGACGCCCAGCGCAUAGUUGUUGACAGUGUACGGCAGCACGAACCGAGCGGCAAACACAAUCUUAAGACCCUCCCGAUGCACUGCAUUAAAGGUGCAGACAUGCACACAUGUGCAGUCCGUCCAUUUCCAUGACUCACCUCACCCACCUGCUUUAUCGAGGGCCCUGAGGACGGGGCUGCUGUGUAUGCGCCGCUCUAUGGAGGUACGGAAGAACGUCCGGCCCAGGAAAAACGACAGACACGCGCCGCUCAGGCUCCCUACAGGACCAACCACGCCAGACAACAGCAGCAGGGAUGCCAAAGGGAGGGGAGACCACAACUGAGUGGGGUCUCGUCUCGUUGUGUGCCACCUACCCACCUGCUGACACGAGGAAUACGGCGAGUAGGUAGUUGGAGAAGAGGAGGCCGGUGCUCAUGCCCAGCAGAGGGGCCGGCACACACAGCACCGCCGCCUGCACACACACACACACUCGGACACAUGACUGACAAGACUGCCAGCCUGCCUUCCUGUCUGCCAGUGGGAUGGAUGCCUCCGUACCACAGCAUAGAAGAGGAGAUAGCAGAUGACCACUUUGCCCAGGUAGUCCUCCUGCACACACAUCCAUCCAUCCAAUGCCACCACACACAACCCAUCCAUCUCUCCAUGAAUCAAGCAAUCAGCAGUCCAUCCUUUCCCUCCCUCCGUUCCAGCCCGCCCACCUGUUCGUGCUGCAGCCACACGAAGAACGCCUCGGCCCACUGAAUGACAGGAUACUUCCACGACACCACGCCGAUGCCGAUGAGCAUGGCCGUGCCGAUAACCAGUCCCAUAUGGCUGCUGACAAACGACUUGGCGUCCCUCGAGCCCGGCAUUGUCAAUGGAGUCGCGUCGGUGGCUGCUUCAGCCUGCUUGGCGGACGAUGCUGAGUUCUGCCGGUGCGGCUCGGCCGUCAUGGAGGAGAGGAAAGAUGCCCUGCCCGCUCAGUUCUGUU